AUGGCCAGCUUCCUGGGCCUCGUCGCCGGUGCUUGGCUCCUCCCCAUGGCCUAUGGCGCAAGCCAUUCGCUUGCCCCUAGCACGUCCGCAACCUCAGCAUACGCGCAAUACACCUUACCAUCUUCUGUUGACACUGGUGCUCAAUUGAUCGCCAACAUCGACGAUCCUCUUGCCGUCGACGCGCAGUCUGUCUGCCCGGGCUACAAAGCCUCAAAUGUGCAGCAAACGUCCCGAGGUUUCACCGCCAGCCUGCAGCUCGCGGGAGACCCAUGCAACGUGUACGGGACUGACGUCGAUUCGUUGUCGCUAACGGUGGAUUAUCUGGCCAAGGAUCGCCUGAAUAUCCAAAUCGUUCCUACCGACGUGGAUGCCUCCAACGCUUCUUGGUACCUCCUCUCGGAAGACUUGGUGCCCCGGGCUCAAGGCUCUGGCGUGUCCGCCUCUCAAAGUGACUUUGAAGUGAAGUGGUCCAAUGAACCUUCUUUCAACCUCAAGGUGAUUCGCAAGGCUACUGGAGACGUCCUCUUCGAUACCGAGGGCUCCGUCUUGGUCUUUGAGAACCAAUUUAUCGAGUUCGUCUCUUCUUUGCCCGAGGGUUACAACCUGUACGGUUUGGGAGAGCGCAUGGCCCAGCUGCGGCUUUUGAGGAACGCGACCCUAACCACCUAUGCAGCGGAUGUGGGAGACCCGAUUGAUAGUCAGCUCUCCAGGAACAUCUACGGACAGCACCCGUUCUAUCUGGACACCAGAUACUAUACUAAAGGCGCGAAUGGGUCCUACUCGCUUGUCAACACUGACGAGGUGGACAUGUCGGAGGACUAUGAAUCAUUCUCCCACGGUGUCUUUCUGAGAAACUCUCAUGGUCAGGAAGUUCUCCUGCAACCCCGCAACAUCACUUGGCGCACAAUCGGUGGUAGCGUCGAUUUGACUUUCUACUCCGGUCCUACGCAAGCGGAUGUCACAAAGAGUUACCAGCUCUCCACUAUUGGACUUCCUGCAAUGCAGCAGUACAGCGCCCUUGGAUACCACCAAUGCCGCUGGGGCUACCGGAAUUGGUCUCAGCUCGAAGAAGUGGUCAACAACUUUGAGCGAUUUGAGAUUCCCCUAGAAUACAUCUGGAGCGACAUCGAUUACAUGCUUGGCUACCGUGACUUUGAAAAUGAUCCCGAACGGUUCUCAUACGAUGAAGGCGAGGAAUUUCUGAACAAACUGCACAAGUCGGGCCGACACUACGUUCCUAUCGUUGACUCGGCAAUCUAUAUUCCCAAUCCCGACAACGCAUCGGAUGCGUACGAGCCUUAUGCUCGAGGGGCAAAGGAUGACGUUUUCAUCAAGAAUCCCGAUGGAAGCCUCUACAUUGGUGCAGUGUGGCCCGGCUUUACUGUCUUCCCCGAUUGGCACAACCCUAAGGCAUUUGACUACUGGGCCAACGAACUCGUCACCUGGUGGAAGAAGAUUGCGUUUGAUGGCAUCUGGAUUGAUAUGAGUGAAGUAUCCUCUUUCUGCGUCGGCAGCUGUGGAACAGGAAAGCUACAUCUGAACCCGGUUCACCCACCAUUUCAGCUUCCCGGUGAACCUGGCAAUAUCGGCUACGAGUACCCCGAGGCCUUCAACGUGACGAACUCUACAGAAGCUGCCUCUGCCUCCGCUGCCUCCGCCAGUCAGGCUUCGGCUGCUGCUGCUACCCAGACCGGCACUACGUCAACUUCCACAUCGUAUCUGCGGACAACGCCCACGCCGGGCGUCCGUGAUGUGAAUUACCCUCCUUAUGUGAUUAAUCAUGUUCAGGAUGGUCAUGAUCUUGCCGUUCACGCCAUUUCUCCCAACUCUACCCACGUCGACGGUGUCCAGGAAUACGAUGUCUUCACUGAGAAGCGACCCUUCAUCAUUGGUCGGUCUACCUUUGCUGGCUCGGGCAAGUGGGCCGGUCACUGGGGCGGUGAUAACAACUCCAAAUGGGGCUCCAUGUUCCUGUCCAUCUCGCAGGGUCUGUCGUUCUCGCUGUUCGGUAUUCCCAUGUUCGGCGUGGAUACCUGCGGUUUCAACGGUAACACUGAUGAGGAGCUCUGCAGCCGGUGGAUGCAGCUGUCGGCCUUCUUCCCCUUCUACCGCAACCACAAUGUCCUUGCGGCUAUCCCCCAGGAGCCCUAUCGCUGGGCCUCUGUCACGCAAGCCGCCAAGGCCGCCAUGAAGAUCCGCUAUUCCAUCCUGCCCUACUUCUACACUCUCUUCCACCAGGCCCACACCACCGGCUCCACCGUCAUGCGCGCUCUCGCUUGGGAGUUCCCUACGGACCCGUCCCUCGCCGCCGUCGACACCCAGUUUAUGGUCGGUCCUUCCAUCAUGGUCGUCCCCGUGCUCGAGCCCCUCGUCGAUACCGUCAAGGGCGUGUUCCCCGGCGUCGGCAAGGGCGAAGUCUGGUACGACUGGUACACCCAGACCGCUGUUGACGCCAAACCUGGCGUCAACACCACCAUCCCCGCUCCGCUGGGCCACAUCCCCGUCUACGUCCGUGGAGGCAGCAUCCUGCCCAUGCAGGAACCCGCCCUCACCACCAGAGACGCCCGCAACACCCCCUGGUCGUUACUUGCCGCUCUGGGCGGCAACCAGACUGCCUCAGGCUCGCUGUAUCUCGACGACGGAAGCAGCGUCAACCCGUCCUCCACCCUCGACGUCGACUUCCAGGCUGCCGGCUCGAGCAUCAAGGUCUCGGUCAAGGGUACCUGGGAGGAGAAGAACCGCCUGGAUAAGGUGACUGUCCUCGGCGUGGCUGCGAAGCCUUCCGCUGUGACCUUCAACGGCCGCAACGUCCAGCCUAGCUCGGUGCAAUACAAUGCUACCUCAAAGGUGCUGUCUGUGCAGGGAUUGCAAAGCAUGACGCCCCAUGGCGCUUGGGCUGGCGAUUGGGUUCUGAAGUGGUAG